AUGCCAUAUGCAGUCUUGGUUGGGGCUUUGAAUGACAGAUUGUUGCUCGCGAGCCCUACAGAGAUAAAUCCCAGACAGAAGAAGGGGGUAGAGAUCAAAAGUUGCCUUGUUGGUCUUCUUGAACCAAUUCUUAUUGGAUUUGCCACAAUGCAGCGAAGCUUUGAGCAGAAGCUUGAUCUGUCAGAAAUAUUAUAUCAAAUAACGUCGAGGUUCGACAGCUUGCGCAUAACACCUAGGUCUCUGGAUAUCCUUGCAAGAGGAUCUACGGUCUGUGGAAAUUUAGCUGUCUCUUUAUCACAAUCUGGUCCACAGUUCACCCAGGUGAUGCGAGGUGUCUAUGCUGUUAAUGCUCUUCGUUUUUCCACUGCUUUAUCUGUUUUGAAAGAUGAAUUUCUGCGUUCCAGAGAUUAUCCAAGAUGUCCUCCCACAUCUCAUUUGUUUCACCAGUUCAGGCAGUUGGCUUAUGCGUGUAUCAGGUUUGGCCAAUUUGAUAGUGCAAAAGAAACAUUUGAAGUUAUAGCGGAUUAUGAAGGCAUGCUUGAUCUAUUUAUAUGCCACCUUAAUCCCAGCGCCAUGCGGCGUAUUGCUCAGAAAUUGGAAGACGAAGGCCUUGACUCCGAAUUGAGGCGAUAUUGUGAAAGGAUAUUACGAGUUCGAUCUUCUGGAUGGACACAAGGUAUAUUUGCCAACUUUGCUGCUGAGAGUAUGGUUCCAAAAGGACCCGAAUGGGGUGGUGGAAACUGGGAAAUUAAAACCCCAACCACUGUGAAGGACAUACCUCAAUGGGAGCUUGCUGCAGAAGUGACACCAUACAUGAAGACUGAUGAUGGAACAAUUCCGUCCAUUAUUGUAGAUCAUAUUGGUGUGUAUUUAGGCUCAAUUAAAGGAAGGGGUAAUAUUGUUGAAGUGAGGGAAGGUAGUUUGGUUAAGGCCUUCAUGCCAGCAGGUAAUGACAAUAAAGUAAAUGGUCUUGAAGCAUCUUCAGUUAAAUCCAUAUCUAAUCUACCGAAUGUGGUUGGUGAUCCCAAAGGUGAUUCAUUGAUGGGUCUGGGAAGCCUUAACAAACAGCUUGCCAGUUCAUCUGCUGAUGAGCAGGCUAAAGCCGAAGAAGAAUUUAAGAAAUCUAUGUACGGAGCUGCUGAUGAUGGUAGCAGUAGUGAUGAAGAAGGAGUAUCCAAAAUUAAAAGAAUACACAUUAAAAUACAUGACAAACCAAUUUCCUCUUCUACUGUGGAUGUGAAUAAGAUUAAAGAAGCCACUAGACAGUUUAAACUUGGUGAAGGGUUACCUCCACCAAUGAGGACCAGGACAAACAGCGGAAGCCAGGAUCUUGGCCAGAUUUUGUCCCUGCCACCAACAACUACAGGAGCAGCUUCUGCUACUGUUUCAACUCCUGUUGACCUUUUCGGUACAGAAGCCUCAACUCAACCAGAAUUAAUUUCACAGCCUACUACUGGGCUUGUAGGUGGGGGAGUUACAACAGCACCUAUUCCAGAGGAUUUCUUUCAGAAUACAAUUUCUUCUGUUCAUGUUGCUGCAUCACUGCCUCCUGCUGGAACUUUUCUCUCAAAAUUCACUCCAGGGGUUCAAACAAGCAAUACAACUCCAAAUCAAGGUGCUGCUGAAGCUGCUUCUAGCUUUCAAGGUGGUGUUUCCACUCAAGCCAUUCAACAACCUGUUGUUCCAAUUGAGUCCAUAGGACUUCCUGAUGGUGGUGUCCCACCCCAAUCCAUGCCUCAGGCUGUAGUCACGCCACAAUCUCAACUGCAGCCUGCUCAGCCUCAAUUUUCUAGCCAGCCUCUUGACCUUAGUGUACUUGGAGUACCAAAUUCUGCUGAUUCAGGGAAGCUUCCACAAACUGGUACUGCACCAGUUUCCGUGCAUCCUGGACAGGUUCCCCGCGGGGCUCCUGCUGCUGUAUGUUUCAAGACUGGACUUGCCCACUUGGAACUAAACCAUCUUUCAGAUGCGUUGUCUUGCUUUGAUGAAUCUUUUCUUGCACUGGCUAAGGAGCAAUCUCGUGGAAGUGAUAUUAAAGCUCAGGCGACAAUUUGUGCUCAAUACAAAAUAGCAGUCACUCUUCUUCGGGAAAUAGGACGUCUGCAAAGAGUCCAUGGCCCAAGUGUAAUCAGUGCAAAAGAUGAGAUGGCAAGACUUUCACGUCAUCUUGGAUCAUUGCCUCUUCUUGCUAAACACAGAAUAAAUUGCAUCCGAACUGCCAUCAAAAGGAAUAUGGAGGUCCAAAACUAUGCAUACUCAAAGCAAAUGCUAGAAUUACUACUGUCUAAAGCACCUUCAAACAAGCAGGAAGAAUUUAGGAGCCUGGUUGAUCUGUGUGUUCAGAGGGGCUUGACUAACAAGUCCAUUGAUCCCUUAGAAGAUCCCUCACAUUUCUGUGCUGCCACUUUAAGCAGGCUGUCUACCAUUGGAUAUGAUGUGUGUGAUCUCUGUGGGGCCAAAUUUUCGGCUGUGACUGCACCUGGAUGCAUCGUGUGUGGAAUGGGAAGCAUCAAAAGGUCUGAUGCUAUUGCAGGACCUGUAUCUUCACCAUUUGGCUGA